GAUUAUUCGUUACGGAGAACACAGUUGGAGGCUUAGGAUUAAAUUUAAGAAGCAUCUUUCUGGAAGAGAAAGAUGGCAAAGGCUGUAGCUGACAGGAGCAACUUGUUGCCUGAGAGGACGAAGCUUCAUGCAGCAAUGCUUGUUCUUCAGUUCGUCUAUGCUGCGUUUCAUAUAGUAUCAAGGGAAGCACUCAAUAUGGGUGUAAGCAAGGUGGUCUUCCCAGUCUAUAGGAACACGAUUGCGCUCUCUCUGUUGGCCCCUUUUGCGUAUUUUCUGGAGAAGGAGAAAAGACCGCCAAUUACGUUUUCAUUAUUAAUUGAGCUUUUCCUUCUUGCUUUGUGUGGGAUCACUGCUAACCAAGGGUGUUACUUGUUGGGAUUGUAUUACGCCUCUCCUACUUUUGCAUCUGCGAUGCAAAAUUCAGUACCUGCAAUCACUUUUGCAUUGGCUGCUUCUCUCAAGCUAGAAAAAGUAAACAUUUUGCGGAGAGAUGGAGUAGCCAAGGUGGUGGGAACCAUUGCAUGUGUUGGAGGUGCAACCAUAAUAACUCUAUACAAAGGUCCUCCUCUGUUGCACAUGGCUUCCUCAGGCCUCGCAAGCAACUCUGUAGAUGCGGGAUCUUUUGCUUCAGAAAGCAAAGGGAACUGGACUAUGGGAUGCAUUUAUCUCUUUGGCAAUUGCCUUGCUUGGUCUGGUUGGAUUGUGCUUCAGGCACCUGUUCUUAGGAAGUAUCCUGCAAGGCUGACAGUCACCUCCUUCACCUGCUUCUUUGGGGUCAUCCAAUUUUUGAUCAUAGCAAGCUUUAUAGAGAGAGAUGUGGAGCACUGGAAGAUACAAUCUGGAGAAGAACUCUUUACCAUCCUCUAUGCUGGCUUUGUGGCUUCUGGCAUUGGAUUUUCUAUUCAAACAUGGUGCAUUGAUAAGGGAGGGCCAGUUUUCGUUGCCGUCUAUCAACCUGUACAGACAGUUGCUGUGGCCUUCAUGGCAACCAUCAUCCUUGGCGACCAACUCUACUCUGGCGGAAUCGUUGGGGCAAUAUUGAUUGUGGCGGGACUAUACUCUGUUCUCUGGGGAAAGAACAAAGAAAGAAAAAUUGAAGUAAACCAAGAGGAGAAUGCUUGCAGGAAGCCUCUGCUAGCAGAAGAUAGAGCACCCUUGGACCCAUGUGAACUGCCAUAGGAAGGCGUCCACCAAUUCCCUCUCUCUCCCUCUCAUUGUAUUAUAUUAUUAUCAGCUUAAGCUUUUUGGAAUUUUAUGUGGGUUGACACAAGUAGAGGUCAGUGGACUUUUGCUGAUUAAUGAGAUUGGCGGAAGGCUUCAUGAAGAAGAAGACAAAUUUGGUUAAAAUAAUGAAUGCAGUUGGAUGACCUCCUGUCCUGUGUUGUCUCCAUAACUUAAGAAUUUGUAACUGUUCCAAUAUUAUGCAGCACCUGCAAUGAAGAUGCACAUGCCAUGUUCACAACAGUACUAUAUAAAGCACUUUGUUUUUUAAGAAAUAAUUAAUUCAGAUUCA